AUUAUGAGUCCUAUUCUUCUUCUCUGGCUCUUCUUCAUGUUUCCAGCCACUACCGGCAGUGUAAUCCACUGUCAAGCUCAGAACCCAGCACGCUACACUCUCCAUUUCCUGGCAGAGUGGAACAGCUUUUCCUUUCCAAAGCAAUAUCCGACAUACAGACCUCCAGCCCAGUGGUCUAUGCUUUUCGGUUGUGUCCACAGCUAUGACUUCACUUUGUGGGUGGAAGGGGCCAUGGCUUCCUCUGGCGUUAAAAUGUUUGCGGAGGAUGGAAAGCACGAACUCCUAUUAGAAGAGGUGAAUGCCACACAGGGUGUUGUGCACGGCUGCUUUCACAGUAAUCCCAUCACGGCAGGAGAAGGGAAUUCCAGCACAGCAUUCACUGUCACUCCGUCACACCCUCUUGUAUCAUUUCUAGUGCGUAUAAUUCCCAGUCCAGAUUGGUUUCUUGGAGCUAACGGCAUCAACCUAUGUGAGAAUAAUAAUUGGAAAGAAUCCUAUAACUUGGAUCUAUUUCCUUGGGAUGCUGGGACAGACAGCGGAUUUACAUUUUCAUCUCCAAACUUCGCCACCAACCCUCAGGAGACUAUAUCGCAAAUAACCGCAAAACAUCCAUCCCAUCCUGCCAAUUCUUUCUACUACCCACGUCUGGAAACGUUACCCAGAAUGGGCCUCUCAGAGUUCGUUCUGCAGCCCACAGUAUUACCCAGUCAGGCACCGGACAAAGGACCUGAGCAAAUAGAACCAACCCCAGGAACAACACAAAACUGGACAGAACUUCCACAAAUCAACUGGACAUACACUGAGAGUGGGACGAAGAUGGAAGUUGGACUCAAGGCUGAGGAUGUCGUCAAUGAUGUGCUUGAAAAGCCAUCGGGAAAGGAACCUGGAAACUCCCAGGAAAAGGAAUUCGCUAGUACACCUCUAGACUGCGAAGUCUCUGCCUGGUCUCCCUGGGGUCUCUGCAGCCACAGUUGUGGGAUUGGCAUCCGAGAAAGGACACGGUUCAUAAUACAGCACCCUGCCAAUGAUGGGGAGAUCUGUCCAAGCUUGCUGACCCAGGAGGAGUGCGAGGAUUCUCCUUGUCAGACGCCAUCAGCAGAUAGCGACAUCACUGUUUCAGACCCAGCAGAAGCGACUGCAAUGUCAUACUUAGAGGCAAACCUGAAUGAAAGAACAGGCUCAAGCUCAUUGGAAGAACCCCUGUCACAACACAACGAAACAGACGAUAUCAUAACAUCAUCUCAUCCUGAUGAUAUGCAAGUCCAAGAAAGCGAACAGCUUCUGAAAUUCACAAAUGAAAACUGGUGGCUCUCCAAGGCUGGAGUUCAAUUCAACGAGAGUAUGCCAGCAUUCCAAAAUACUUCUCGUGAUCAGUCCUUCAACGGAAUUGCAGUACCAGAAGAGGAUGGAUAAGAAGUAUCCCACUCUUCACUCCCCAGAUCCCAUGUUGGUUCUGAUUAACUAUGUUCCUAAAAGGAAUAAAAUUGUUUAUCAAGCA